AAAAAAAUCUCGCAGCUGUGGCCGUUCGAUCUGUUUGUGAAUAUGAACAUUACUCGAAAAACUACGGCAGGUUUCUAAUCUGAAAGUUAAACACGAGCUAUCCAUCAUGCAUGGGUCGUAAAGAAUCCAGCUAAAGACGACUCAAAAGGCCACACGUAUAAACAGAAUCGAUCGAGAUCUCAUGUCGUCCACCGCCGCCGAUGGCCCCACCACGAACUAGAUCAGCGCGCCGCCAUCGCCAUUACCGCCGGACUGGUCCAAGCUCCCCGACGAAAUCCUCGCGGCCGUCCGCCUUCUGGUCUCCCUGCGGGACCGCGUGCGGCUCGCCGCCGCGGGACCCGGCCGAGCCCGCCGUGCCGCUGCUGCUGAUCCUCCACCCCUCCGACUCCGAUCGCCAGAUCCGCGGCGGCGGCUUCGUCGUCCCCGGCGCCGACUACCCGGGCAGGAAAUGCGUGUACAGCCCCGAGGACGGCGGCGGGCUGUUCGACCUCCCGAUCCCCUGCGGCCGCGUCGUCGGCGCCCACGAGGGCGGCUGGCUCGGCGUGCUCUCCGUCAUCAACCCCUUCUCCUCCACCCCCGGCGGUGACGCCAGCGGCCUCUUAUUGCAGGUGCCGCUGGAGUUCGGGGUCUGCAAGGUCGUCUUCUCCGACGCCCCUACGACAUCCAGCAUCAGCGGCUUCGUCCUCGCCGCCAUCACCGGCGACAGGCUGAGCGUCGCACUGCGCAGGGUGUCGUCGCCGUCGCCGGAGAAGAGGUUGUCCAUGGAGAAGGCGGCGGCGGUUGGACCAGGCACCGAGUCUGCUGCUCCGACGGCAAUGUCAUGGAGAAGGAGAAAUCCAUCAUCUCCGACAUCGCCUUCUGCAACGGAGGAGGAGACCUCUACGCGCUCUGCGGCAAGAAGAGGCUCCUCAAGCUAUUCAAGAUCUCCGUCUCCGUCGGCGCCGCGAAGGGAGACGGAGACGGGCUCCUCCGCGUGGCGCCGGCGCGGCAGGUGGGGGAGGAGUUGGACACCGGCGCGGAGGAAGACGACGACGACGACGAAAAGCGGAGGACCCCCUACCACGCCCGCCAGGUACUUGGUCAGCCUGCGGGGGAAGCCGGCGGUGGCGGCCCUGGCGAGGUGGGCGCCCGGGCGGCACGGCGAGCCCUUCUUCAAGGUGUUCGAGCUCGACACCACCGGCGACGGCAACGGCGGAUGCGGGUGGGCGGAGGCGAAGGGGCUGGGCGGCGAUCACGCGCUGUUCGUGGGGCCGGCGUGCUCGCGGGCGGCGGAGGUGGGCGGGGACAUGCGGAGGGACGCCGUGUAUUACUCGGGAUACCGGAGGUCCGGAGCACGGCGGCGCGGGGAAGAAGAAGAAGACGGUGGUGGCUUGAAGGAGGAGGGGAUCGCGUCGGUGGGGUACUGCAUCGGGAACGGUGCUCUCGGCGCCACGUGAAUCCUCCGGCCGGCGGACGUGUCACUAGCAGACCUGCGAUCACGUUUGACAAGGCCGGUGUUUUGAGCUACUGCAUGACUAAAAUUGUACUGUAAAAAAACGAAGGGAAUGAUCUCAAUCGCUGCCACUGCCACUCUGCCACGAUUAGAGAGUUUAGAGUUCAUUCGUACGGUGUUCGUACGUCGCCACUCACUUUUAAACAUAAACGUUUUACAGUAACAAAAAGAUCAUGAAAAUUUCUUGCUAAUUGUAGGAAGGAAAAAAACAUUACCGAUCCGGAGGCUCGUGGGGCCAUCGGAGG